GCAAGGCAAUGGUGGAAAGAGAGGAGCACUUCGCGGAGAUGAGCAAGAAGCAAAAGUGCAGUAACGGGAUGAACUGGGUUCGAAAGGCCAGCAACAGUAACGCCCAUAACCACAAGAUUGACAGGGGGUCGAGCUACUGGGGGAGGAGGAGGAAGAAGAGGAGGAGCAAAUCGGUGGGCAGCGAGAUGUUCAGCGGCGAUCUCUUCAGCAGAGAGCUAAGCAGCACCGCGACCAGCAUGAGAGGGACGAUCUGCUACGUUGCCCCCGAGCACGGAGGGUGCGGGCGGCUAAUGGAGAAGGCCGAUAUAUACAGCUUCGGGGUUCUCGUCCUCGUGAUCGUUUCAGGGAGAAGGCCGCUGCAUGUUUUAUCUUCUCCUAUGAAGCUCGAGAGAGCGAACCUCGUCGGCUGGUGCAGGCAGUUGGCAGCGCCGGCGAUGGUGCUGGAUUUGGUUGCAUAGAGGCGGCUGAGGGGCUGCUUUCGACAUGAGGAGGCGAGGCCUUGCAUAAACUUGGCUCUUUCGUGUCUGCAGAAGGCGCCGGAGCUGAGGCCUGACAGCGGAGAGGUCGUGAGGAUUCUCAAGGGGGAGAUGGAUCUCCCCGUGGCUCCUCUGGAUUCCUCGCCGUCGCCUAAUUCGAGAGUAUCGAGCAAGAGGAGGAAAGCUAUUCAUGAUCCUGAGUGAGUAUCGUUUUCCCCCCUCUCCUCUGCUGCUAAUGAAUUUACCUGAAGCGUGACAGGGGAUAGAAAAUUUUAGCCUGCGCACAGAGUAGCUUCAAAUGUGGAUGUAGUUUUUCCUAAUUUCUGUUUUUGCCCGCCCCCUCAUUUGUUACUUGCGUAAAUAUGUACUCAGAAACUGUGCUUUGAUCCCUAUUUGAUUUGAUUUUAUCUGUUAUCAUCUUA